AUGAAGAUGACGGGCCACACGCCCGAAAGUGAUCGGUUGCCCCACAACCUGUCAGUCAAGACCAACUUGGAGGAGGAGCUUGAGAGAGCUGAGAGUAUUCUAAACAGGGUUCCAUCCAUCUGCGACGACACAUCCUCAGAGCUCCAAAGGGUCGCUGCUCUCGACCCUCGUGGCGGCACUUCCAGAAACUCUUUUCAAAGGAAUGGAGCCGUCUCAAGAAUGGUGAGCCUGGUGGUGAGAUUGAGGGAAUGGGCUCACAGAAGCUUAGUCCAAGAGCAGGAAAGACCGGACUCCUUCCUGGAACGCUUCAGAGGCCCGGAGCUCCGAAACGUCCCCAGCCGCAUAAGCAACAUACAAACGGAUGCCAAUGGCAAUAAUACCAAAGGGAUCCUGAGGAAAAAAUGGCAUGUUUUUGUGGUGUCCCCGUCCGACGACGCCUACUACCGCUGGUUAUUUGUCAUCACCGCAGCAGUGCUCUACAAUUGGUUCCUUGUUGUGGCGAGGGCAUGUUUUGAUAGAUUGCAGGUGGCUAAUUACAUCUGCUGGCUGGUGCUGGACUACCUCUCUGACAUUGUGUACGUCAUGGACACUUGUGUACGACUUCGCACAGGCUUCCUGGAGCAAGGCCUCCUGGUGAAGGACCACGUCAAGCUCAGGGACAGCUACAUGCGUACGUUGCAAUUCAAGCUGGACGUGGUGUCCAUCCUGCCCACCGAUCUGGCCUACUUCUCCACCGGCAUCCACACACCUCAGCUGAGGUUCAACCGCCUGCUGCGCUUCCCGCGGAUGUUUGAGUUCUUCGACCGCACCGAGACACGCACCAACUACCCCAACAUCUUCCGCAUCUGCAACCUGGUGCUCUACAUCCUGGUCAUCAUUCACUGGAACGCUUGCAUCUAUUACGCAAUCUCCAAGUCUUUAGGUUUGGGCUCAGACACUUGGGUGUUCCCAAACGCCUCCAAACCGGAGUAUUCCUCUCUAACUCGGACUUACGUGUACUGUCUCUACUGGUCCACUCUCACUCUCACCACUAUUGGAGAGAUGCCUGCACCGGUGCGAGACGAAGAGUACCUUUUUGUGGUUUUUGAUUUUCUUGUCGGCGUCCUGAUCUUUGCCACUAUUGUGGGAAAUGUCGGUUCUAUGAUAGCCAACAUGAACGCCACCCGUGCCGAGUUCCAGGCUCGGAUCGACGCCAUUAAACAUUACAUGCACUUCCGCAAAGUCAGCAGAGAAUUGGAGACUCGUGUCAUCAAGUGGUUCGACUACCUCUGGAUCAACAAGAAAGCUGUGGAUGAGCAAGAGGUGCUCAAGAACCUGCCCAACAAACUGCGAGCUGAAAUCGCUAUCAAUGUCCACCUGGAGACCUUGAAGAAAGUGCGCAUCUUUCAAGACUGUGAGGCGGGACUGCUGGUGGAACUUGUACUCAAACUCCGCCCACAGGUCUUCAGUCCUGGAGACUACAUCUGCAGGAAAGGUGACAUCGGGAAGGAGAUGUACAUCAUCAAAGAGGGGAAACUUGCUGUGGUGGGAGAUGACGGUGUGACGCAAUUUGCCCUCCUCCUCGCCGGGAGCUGCUUUGGAGAAAUCAGCAUUUUGAACAUUAAAGGAAGCAAAAUGGGCAACCGUCGGACCGCCAACAUUCGCAGUCUGGGAUACUCGGAUCUGUUCUGCCUCUCAAAGGACGACUUGAUGGAGGCCGUGACAGAGUAUCCAGACGCUCGGACGGUUCUGGAGGAGAGGGGCCGCGAGAUCCUGAUAAAGGAAGGGAUGCUGGAGCACGAUGCAGAGGGUGGCGGGCUGCAGAGGGAAGACACGGAAGAGAAGGUAGAGCGGCUGGAGUCUUCCCUCGACACCCUUCGUACACGCUUUUCACGGCUUCUCUGCGAAUACACGGACACUCAACAGAGGCUGAAGCAACGCAUCACGUUGCUGGAGCGGCGGAUGAAUCAAACGGACUCCGGAGCAGACGCCAACGCCAGUUUGGAGCCAACGGUCUUACAAAAUCAAACCAAAUUUAUGCACCAAAGUUCAUUCUAAGCCCCAAAUGAAUACAGCAUUCUUUGUCAUGAAGAGUGGACAGGAUAAUAGAAUGUAAACACCUCUUGUUUGCUUGCAUCAGCAGAGGGAUUUUGAUCAAGACAAGUGGUGCUCUGGCCCUGAACACCUCAUCUGUUACCGGUUGGGCCUUUGGGAACAAAGUCCAAGGAGAGCUGCUGGAAGGUUACUUGAUGAGUUCACAAGCACAAUUAUCUUUCCAGGUCUUAAAAGCAUAACUUGUUUUACAAUUCAAGAUUAUGGCCACGUUAACCCACAUGUUAUGCUGCAUGACAAUUUGACUUG